CAUCUCUUCCACUCUCAACUCUUCACGCCCACCCACCCACGCUCGUUACUGCCAACUACUCCACGUUCUUUACCUACAGGCCCCUGUGUAUACGUCGCAGCCGACGACGACGACGCCGAAGCCGAAGCGACGACUUUCGACGACGACAACACCAGCUUGACUUUCGCCGACGACUACGACGACGACGUCGCCCAGCUUGGCAUAUAAACACCAUCGAUCAUCCAUCUCGGCUUGACCCCAACCUUGCCACCUAGACUUGCGCCGACCGCAUCCACCACCAUGCUCCUCUCCCGCCCCUCGCACUCCUGGACCCGCCUCCCAGACGUCGACACGUCCUCGGUCGACCGGUACUCGCUGCACCACCUCAUGUCGCUCGGGUACGACGAGGAGAGCGCCACGCGCAGCCUGCAGCAGACCAAGGGCAACGUGCCCGCGUGCCUCCGGCUGCUGGAGCACGAGCGCCACGCGGGCCAGUUCGUCGACGGCUGCGAGCGGUGUCAUCGGUCUAGCGGUGCCGGCAGCAGCAGCGACGCGGGCAGCUGGCGCGAAGGGAAGGAGCAGAGCUGGGUGAGCCGGCUCGGCUCGCGCCUGCGGAGGAAGUAGGCUGGGCCCAGCGAUAAGUGUACCAUGUUAUCUUGUAUGAUCUGCACGGACGGACGCAAGGUGGCCGGCCGCACUGACGUCGGCGGGGCAAGCUGUCACCGCGGGUGAGGGCCAAGCACGGCGACGACGGCGCGACUUCGACAGCGACGAUACGCCCAUGCAU